GAUUCGUGACAUCGCGGAUAAAUCGAUUUUUGUCUAUGAAUUAAAAGAAGGAAGUUCUCUAAAGAUUAGACCAAGAUUAGUUUGAUGCGAAAGAUUAUUCCUUUAGCUUGCUUGACCUUUGAAUAUUUCCGAUAUUUCCAACUUCUUCGUUAAGUUUUACCUGACAGAUAGUAUAUUCUCGUCUCUUUUCAGAUAAAUUUAAAAAAAGAGACAAGACAUGCUACUUGUCGGGUAAAACUUACCAAGAGUUGGAACAACCGGCUCUAAAUCAGUGCAUGAUUGAAGAACUCGUUCGUCUUAAGUUUACAUUUUUUAAAUUAUGUCUCAUUAGAUAUAAGUUAACGAAAUUAAAUUCAGAAGGAGAAAGAGAGAAAAGAACUCGUAAUUUUUAAAAUCGGACAAAAAGAAUUCGAAAUUACAGCAGUGUGUGACAUUUGGUUGUCCGAAAUUGUGUUACGCGGUUCGAUUUGCGUUCCGACGUUUAUUGUGAAAUUUUAUUGUAAAUUUGACAAGACUGAGGAGUGAUCCGUAAAUUAUGUCGGAAAGUGCGAAAAAGUCGAGCGCUCGUUUACUUUGAGGACUUUUUUUUUCGCACCAUGAGCAUACUUUUAUGGCGUCAACGUAGAGCUGCUCUCUCCUUAUCGAGGGAGGAUGAAGAAUGGAGUGACUCGGAAAAGACCCCGUCGGUGAGCAGCGGCGUGGACGGUGGCGGAUCCGCGGUGUCGAGUCCAAUCGCGCCACCAGUAGUCGAGGAGGACUCGAGUUUACCACCUCCUCCGAGACUCAACCCCACGUCAUCCUCGACCAGUUCCUCGGCCAGUGAGGAUAUCAGACUGCGCCUGAGCGUGCUUUCGGAGGAUACUAGGAAGCGUCUGGUCAGCCUUACCGAGGACAUCGAGGUCGCCAGGAGCAUACGAGGAGACCGUCAUGGGCCAUCGUCUAGAAACGUACGAACGCGAGAGUCGAGUCCCAAGGACGUCGAUGAGGAGCAACAGGCUGUUAAGGACGAAGAGUGUCAGCCGAGGCCGUCGUCGUCCACUGCCAUUAGGAGACGAGACUCCGUCUGCCGCAGGGACUCGGAGGAUUCCGUCACCGCGGUGGCCACCGAGGCCAAGAGGAUGAGACUCGACGACGAGGCAACACCAAGACUGAGACUCAAUGCUAGUCUGGCGACGGAUCCCGCAUUGCGACCCGCUGCUGUCGCCGCGCUUACCGUGAAGCCGGAGAACACGUCGCCGCCGAACCAGACGCCGCCGCUUCCAGCCGGGCUUCAGAACGCGAUCGCGUCGGGCCGACUGUUCGUGCUGCCAACUGAUGGCAAGGAGACGAUCACGGUGGAGCCGGCGAGACCCCCGCAAUUUGCCCUGACCUGUCCGCCGUGUGGUAUCCGGUUCAGCUCGCCCAGCACCCUCGAGGCUCAUCGCACCUUCUACUGCGCCCAUCGACCGCGCGCGGACGAGGACGCGACGAACGACGAGGACGAGGACGGCGGCGGCGGAAAGUCCGGUGGCAAGUUCGAGGCGCGAAAGGCGUACGCGUGUCCGCACUGCUCGUACAGCGCCGACAAAAAGGUAUCCCUGAAUCGUCACAUGCGGAUGCACGCAACCUCGCCGGUGCCGACGACGAUACCAACAUCGGCGACGGCGGUGUCGGCGAACCCAAACUCCUCGACGAGCAACUCUACUGGUCAAACGACCGCGUCUAAUGGUUCUCUAAACGAGGAGGCUGAAAGAUACUGCAGGAAUUGUGACAUCAGGUUCAGCUCCUUGAAGACGUACAGGGCACAUAAGACACAUUAUUGCAGUACUAGGCACGUGGUGAAAGACACGUCGUUAUCGACGCCGACGGCGACGUCGACAUCCUCGGUGAAAGCAUCGCCGCCGAACAACUCGAGUCCCGAUGAUUCGCCGCCUCCGCAACCGUGUCUGGCGCUACCUACCAAUCCCAUUCUUAUCGUACCAUAUUCGUUGUUCCGCGGUGCGAGCGUCCUCGCCGCGCCGACACUUCCGGCUCCUGACACAGCGUGCUUCCUUCUGCCAAACGGUUCCCUUCAGCCAAUGACGAGAGGCCUCGCUGCCACGACCCAGAACACGAUAGUAGAACCUCCGGCCGUCUUAAGGGCGGCGAACAAACCCUCGACGCCGGCUUCGGUGGUCGUGGCAACGUCCACGUCACCGUCUGCCUCGGCGCCCCUCGAUCUCAGUGUGCGCAGAUCGCCGGUGCACCAGGACGAGAAGGAAAACAGAAUGUCACCAGCGCCAUCAUCCUUGCCGCCACCUCCAGGCAGUCCCAGAUCCAGGGGCAGCGGUAGUCCUAGAACGAGGUCCAUCGGCCCGGCGCAAACGGUAGCUGUCGCUCCACCCGCACCCACGGAACUCGCCCUGAGACUCGCCGAGCUGCCACCACCUCCGGUUCCUGGGGUACUCGUCAAGCAGGGCGUCUCCAGGUGCAAAGAAUGCAAUAUCGUGUUCUGUCGACACGAGAAUUUUGUCGCUCAUAAGAAGCAUUACUGCCAAGCAAGGGAGACGACGGUAAGCAACAGUCCACCACCCCCUGGCACACCUUCGCCACCCAUCUGCGUCCAGCUCAUCUGUGCCGCGUGCGGCAUCAAAUUCGCUUCCAUGGAUAAUCUGGUUGCUCAUCAGGCAUUUUAUUGUCCUAAGAGGCCCGAACCACAAGAGCAUCAUACGCGGUGUACUAAGUGCAAGGCGAUAAUAGAACCUGGCAGUAACCAUACCUGCGCUACUGGCACGACUGGUGGUUGGCGAUGUCCAGUUUGUGGAGCUGUCAGUCCCACGGCUGGUGCUGCUCAACGUCACAUGGAUGCCCACCAAGGCGUCAAGGCCUUCCGAUGCACGAUUUGCCGUUACAAAGGCAAUACUCUUCGCGGCAUGAGAACCCACAUCAGAAUGCACUUUGAAAAGCGGGGAACCGAUUUACAGGAGGAGAAUUACAUAACGUGCGUAUUGGAUGAUGAGGCGACGCUUCCGACACCGGAGCCCGCAGCAGCGACGACGCCGGAGGAAAGUCCUGCAGAGAUCCAAAUGAACGGCAAGACGGAGAUACGGAAGAGUCCACAACCACCGCCACCGCCGCCACCACCUCCGCUAGUGCCGGCGAUUGCUAAUAAGGUGAAGCAAGAACGCGAGGACACGCCACCGCCGGAAGAGAGUUUGGAUCCCAGCAAAAGCGGUCCUCGCUACUGUCGCUCCUGCGACAUCAGCUUCAACUAUCUGAGCACUUUUAUCGCUCACAAGAAGUUUUACUGCUCGAGUCACGCCGGCGAGGCGAGUAAUAAUAAUAAUAAUAAUAACAAUAAUAAUAAUGCCAGCGGUCAUCCGACACCUCCGCCAACUGGCAGGACCGAAGCAUCGGUGUUGUAAGAUUUUGUAAUCGCGAGUAGAUCACUUUUUUACCGUUCGUUUUCUUCCGAGAAAAAGAUGCUUUAAAUUAUUUGCUAUGGGAAAUUGAUUCAUUCGAGAAGUACAAAUAUUUCUUUUCUCGAAGGAAUCAAUUUUGUCAGUUAAAUAAUUAAGUGCAUUACAUUUUUAAAAACUAAUGAAUUGAACUAAUUUAUUCAAUUUCCCGAAAAUAUUUAUUGUCUCGUUAUUAGUGACAUUAAGUUUAAGGGAGUUUAUUUCAGUGUAAACGUCACAUUUUUGGGAAAAUUUUGAGGAAGAGAAAUGAAGUGCGAAAGAUGCGAUAACUGACUAAACACGGGGGCUGUUAAUUGUUGCCAGUUUAUACAUAACUAUUGGACUUCUUAAUUGACUGCUACGUUGUGUGAUUUUUGUUGAUCCAGGGAAUCGUUUGUAC